AUGGACGCCAUCGCCGCCGCGGAGAAGCUCAAGGAGGCCGAGGAGGCGAAGAAGCUCGCCGAGGAGGCGAAGAAGCUCGAGAAGGAGCGCGAGGCGAACGGCGGCGGCACGCGCGCGGCGACGCGCGGCCGGUCCGCGGCCGCGGGCGCCGCGGCGCCGUCGCCGACGCCCAUGGACACGUCGCCCGACGGCGCCCCGGCGCCGGCGCCCGCGCCCGCCGUGGAGGCCACCGACGAGAACGUCGAGAAGCACGUGUCGCAGCUCACGGGCGACGUCCUCGAGGCGCUCAUCGACUGCCUCGAGAUGAUCUCGGGCGGCUUCCCGAACCCGACGGCGCGCGCGCAGCAGGCGUCGGACGCGCUCAUGUCCAAGAGCCUCACGUGCAACGGCGGCAUCGGCGCCCUGGCGCUCAAGGACGCGGCCGUCGCGGGCGUGCUCGGGCCCGUCGCGCACCAGUACUGGCUCGCGAAGCGGUCGAAAUUGGGCAAGCCGCUCCUGCGCCGCUUCUGGCCCAAGACGGCGCCGACGGACACGAACCCGCACUGCGUCUUCCGGCCCCGCGAGAAGGAGCGCUACAAGCUGCGGAAGCACCGGAAGAACGACGUCGACGCGUUCCGCAAGCUGCAGCAGCUGCGCCGCGACUUCGAGGCGGCCCGCGAGCUCUGCAACCUCGUCGCGCGCAAGGAGGCCGUGAAGCGCCUCAAGCUCGACGCGGGCCGCGGCGCGCUGCGGCGCACGCUCGACGGCCUCGCGGCGUCCAGGGGCGUCGAGAAGUUGGACGCGUCGUUCGCGUUCGCCGACGCGGACGCGGACUACAAGCUCACGGCCAAGGAGCUCAAGGACGCGUCCAAGGCCCUCGCCGAGGCCAAGGCCGCCGCCGAGAAGGCGGCCAAGGACGAGGCCGCCGCCGCCGCCGCCGCGGCCGCGCCCGCGGCCGCGCCCGCGGCCGCGGUCGAGAAGGACGCCAAACCGAACGGGACGGCCGCCGCCGCCGCGGAGGAGCCCAAGCCCAAGAAGGCCAAGGGCCCGAAGCGGUCCCCCGACGACGUCGUCGCCGCCGUCCUCGCCGAGCGCCUCGCCGCCGUCGCCGUGCGGCCGCCCGUCGAGGAGGAGGUCUACGACGGCGGCGACGAGUUUGG